GCGUGACAGAUAUCAAUUUUCCCAUAUUAUUCACAGAAAGGAAAAAAGGGCCCUAUAAAACUAAACGCUCCCCUUCUCGAAGAGGCCGCUCGCUCUCUAGGGUUUUUCUUUUUCUCUUCUCACUGCAUCGCUUCAGGUUCUUCUGAAAAGAUGUCUCGCGUGUAUGUUGGUAACUUGGAUUCACGAGUCACCGAGAGAGAUCUCGAAGACGAAUUCCGCGUUUUCGGAGUUAUUCGGAGUGUUUGGGUUGCACGUAGACCACCUGGUUAUGCUUUUAUUGACUUUGAUGACCGCAGAGACGCACAGGAUGCUAUCCGUGAAUUGGAUGGCAAGAAUGGUUGGAGGGUUGAGCUUUCUCACAACUCUAGAGGUGGAGGUGGUGGUCGUGGUGGUCGCUCUGGUGGUUCUGAUUUGAAAUGUUACGAGUGUGGUGAACCUGGUCAUUUUGCUCGUGAAUGCCGCAUGCGUGGUGGUUCAGGAAGACGCCGUAGCCGUAGUCCGCCCAGAUUCCGUAGGAGCCCAAGUUAUGGGCGAAGGAGUUACAGUCCUCGUGGGCGGUCCCCUAGGCACCGCAGUUUGUCACCUCGUGGACGUAGCUACAGCAGGUCUCCUCCUUAUCGUGGGCGUGAGGAGGUUCCUUAUGCUAAUGGCAAAGGACGGAAGAAUAUUAGGCAUGAUGAGUGAUGACUGGAGUAGAAAUGGCCUUAGGGAACGACGCAGAAGCAGAAGUUGAUUUUGAGAGUUUGGUAUUGGGUAUCUGUGAUUGUUAAGAGAAUAGUGAGAUUUUGUUAAUUUAGUGGUGCUUUGACUGAAGUAUGAGUCUGUUUUGUUGGGCAAGGCCCUGAGUUUCUACUCUUGGAUUGGAAUAGUUAGUUUAUUUUAUGUCUCAGCUUGUGUUGAAUUUAUCUUUGCUUGUAGUUUCAUUGCAGGUAAUGAUCUUGUUAAGGUUGUUGUUACUAGUUUGUUAAAUAUAGUUCCAGAUCUUUCUGCACUACAUUAAUAUGCUUUCCUUCUCUGUUGA